AACAACACCUAUUCUGGUUCUGUCCUUUUCUUAGAUAUACAUUUCAACUGCGAACUUGUUGUUUACAAAAUUACAAAGUUUACUACUUUUGGUUCCUUUAUGCUUUAACAAUCUCGAAAUAAAUAUUAGAAUUCGGUGUGUCGCGUCCUGAUAAGUACGUAUUUUCAGAUUUGUAUUACUCCGAUUGUAAAAAAAAAUGAAUUCGAAUUUGUUUUGCAAUUCUUUUAUCGGAUGUUUGAUAAGGAACCAAUUGAAAAGUUUAAAUUUAGUCAGUUCGCGGAAAUUUAGUGUGAGUAAAGGAAAACCAAUGCGUUAUGUGCAAUUUAGAUACAAGACAGGUGGAGUUCAACACCUGGGGGCACAAAUUGCACCAGAAGGCGACAUUUUCGACCUGAGUGCUGUUGACUCCACGAUUCCGAAUUCUUUGGUCAAGUUUCUGAAAGGAGGUAGUGAUGUUCAACAAAAAGCAAAAAGAAUAAUCGCGGACGGUAAAUCGAUUGUUCAUUUGGAAGACGUCGUCUUAUUGCCCCCAAUAACCAACCCUGACAAAGUAGCAUGUGUAGGUUUAAAUUAUAAAGGGCAUUGUGAUGAACAGAAUAAACCAUAUCCAAAAGAGCCUAUGAUAUUCAGCAAAUUUUCUUCUGUUAUCACUGGACCUUAUGAUAACAUUGAAUUACCAAAAAUUUCUCAGAAAGUUGAUUGGGAAGUAGAAUUGGCUAUCAUCAUUGGAAAAAAAGGCAAAAACCUCAAACCAGACCAAGCACAAGACGUAAUAUUUGGAUUCACUGUAGCACAAGAUAUAAGUGCAAGGGACUGGCAGAAAAGGAAUAACGGGCAAUUUUUACUUGGAAAAACAAUGGAUACAUUUUGUCCCCUUGGACCAGCUGUUGUAACUAAGGACAAAGUUGAUGUUAAUAAUUUAGCAAUUAAAUGUUGGGUGAAUGGCGUUCUGAAGCAGAGUGGAAAUACCAAUGAUUUAGUUUUCAAGACUGACUUUCUGGUUUCCCAUUUAUCUCAAUUUGUAACAUUAUACCCAGGUGAUGUUAUACUGACAGGUACACCAGGAGGAGUAGGGAUGUAUAGAAACCCACCAGAAUACUUGACCAAAGGGGAUGUGGUGGAAAGUGAAAUAGAAGGUAUUGGAAGACUGAAGAAUACAUGCAUAUAAAUAUCUUUUGUACUGUAUUAUAUAACACAUAAAAGUAUAAUGAGGA